GGGACCCAGGAAGACACUGUUAGAGACAGAGAGGGUAUGCUAUAAGAGACAGUAGGCUAAAGAGAGACAAAGUGAAAGGUAAAGAUUGAGCAACAGAUAUCAGAAGGAGUGGACAAAUUAGAGGAGGAGGAGGAGUCUGGACUGAGAGGACGUUAAUAAGAGUGGAGCACGAAAGGGUGACUUCAAAACAGAGAAAUCUUGUCUGAGCUGGCCACUGACACAGAAGGUGAGACACAAGCUGGACAUGGAAUAAACUGGAGCCUGGCAAGAGAUCAACUUGCGAAAAAAAUUAUCACCACUGAAGGAAUUACUGAAAACAUAUACAGACAGCUGUCCAAAGGCACUGGGGAGAGCAGAAGACAAUCCAACAGUAUUAAAAACCAAAAGAAGAAGGUGAGAUACCACCCACAGAGAGAGAGAGAGAGAGAGAAAGAGAGAUUGAGCAUACCACACACAGGCUUUAUCACAGCCAAUCAUGCCGCAACUGAGCAACAGACACUAACAAUUAACAAACACAUUAACAAAGCCACACACAGAGUAUUUAUGGAAUACACACCUUCACGCAGUGUGUGACUAUAAAACAUAGGCUGAACACCCAUAACUCAAGCUUAGAGAGUUUAGACUGCAGUCAGGGGGCAUAGAGAAUCUUGGAUGGCACGGGGCGGACUGAAUGACUGAGAAGCAGGAGAGUGUAGAGACCUUACAGACACCUAACACUUAUGAAUGCUUCAUGAGGACAACCAAAAUACUACUAACGGAUUGGAACCAAACUUUGGAUUGUCUUCUCCAUUUGAAAAGCCACCUUGGAAAUCACAGAAGACCAUCUCCAAACCACUGACCAAAGCAUCUUCUUCACGUCUAGAGCCUAAGAACCAUCAUAGGCUUGAGGUUCACCUAAAACUGUGGACUCUUCCAAAAGACAUCUGGUCUAUUCCCCGUGGAAAGAUGGAGGCUGUGUACUGAGCAGCCUACAAGGGGUUGAGUGAAGUGGACGAUCAUCUACUGACACUGCAAGAUGAAGCUCAGGCAUGGGGCAAGAGGGGUAGUGCUGGCCUUGCUGCUAAGCGUACUGUCGACUACAUGUACUACACAAGAGAGCGAUGAGAGUAUGGAGAUCCAAGAGGAGAACAGUACUGUCAGCACUGAGAGCCCUGAGACUGUAUCCUCUGACAUAGCCUUUGUGAGCCCCCACAGGGCAUGGAUAGCCUUUAGGGACAACUCCAACAAGGAUGGAAAUAAGAAACCAAGAGGAAACAAAAGACUCUCCAAGCAUGGCCUUCCAGGUCCACCAGGACCUCCUGGUCCCCAGGGGCCUCCUGGUCCACCUGGCCCCCUACUGCCUCAUCAUGAAGAAUUGAUACAGGACUUCCAAGGCCAACUGAAAGAGAUGGUAGGAACCCACUGUCUGCUCUGUGAUCAACCCCCUCGUGUGGCGACAGCUUUCCGCUGCCGACUGCACCACAACCUGCUGGUCCACCGUCGCAGUCUGCAGGAGGUCCAGCCCUUUAACACUCCGUCAAACACAGAACAGUUCCAUCAGAGAGGACAGGGCUUUAACACCAGCAGUGGCCGGUACACAGCUCCUGUGUCUGGGUUCUACCAGCUCACAGCUAGUCUGCUAUUAGAAUCCAGUGAGUCUCAGAAGAGGCCUCAGGCCAGGCAGAGGGACAGUGUCAAGGCCUCCAUAUGUAUAGAGUCUCUUUGUCAGAGUAAUAUGUCUCUUGAGACAGUGAUGGGUGUAAGCGCUACAGGGGGAGUAUUCAGUAUUCCCCUCACAGGAACUCUUUACCUACAGGCUGGAGAGUACGUGUCUAUUCUAAUCGACAAUGGAACAGGCUCAGCCCUCACAAUUCUCCAAGAUAGUCUGUUUUCUGGCAUCCUUAUUGGUGUAUGAGGACACAAAGAGAAACAUAUGACCUAUAAAAAAUACAAAUCCAGUAUUACUGUGCCCAACAAAAUACAGGUCUUUAUUUAGGCGAGGUAUUCAGGACAUAGUUGUAUAAUAAUUGCAUAAGAGGGAUGACCCUUUUUCAAGCAUCUAAAAGAGGCUCUAAUCACCUUCAGUAAUUAUUUUAGCAUUGUUGCCAGGGCUGCAGGAUAGCACUGCUAUUUCUUUCCAAAACACCUAAACGCUGUUAAUAGAGAUGUAUGUAAUUCUUUCCAUGUGGUAUGUUUAUAUAUUCUAUUCUCACAGGGUUGAAGUUUUAUUUAUUUGUAUUUGCUUUUUGAAAUGAUUGCUGAUAUGUUUGUAAUAAAACACUUUUAUAACUG